CAUCGAGGCUUAAGAUGUGAUCCAUCACGAAGCGACGAAAAGCUAGGCUCCAAGGCGAUCCCUAAAGAGACCGCCAAAGCAAUUAGGGAUCUUAGAGCAUUUGCAUCGCAAAUCAUGGAUCAUUUACCGCCUAUUACCAAAAGCAACGGCACUUCACGUUAUGUGCCUUUGCUAUGCUCCGUUGGCGAUUUUGAUUCGGGAGAGUUCGCUACUUUCCCUGACCGCCUAGGGUGGGCUGUGUCCCGAGACCGAAUGGGAAACUUCAUCCUGACUAGAGAUGGCGUUCAUAGUCAAGACCUCCCAGCAAAAUUGGCACUGGUACAGGCAUGGCUGUUCUUUGGCUUGUUGCAGGAGACUUUCUCUACAUGUGGAGUUGAAGUCCUGCCUGACAAUUUCGUGCGCCAAGAGCAUGAUGGGACAUCCGUGAUAUCGACUACAUGCUUGCCUGCAUACAUUGAAAAGCUGCGCGCUUGCAGUCUCUGGACAAUACAGAGUGGGCAGCGAGUGAUUGAGAGGAUAUUACAUUGUUUCAGAACGGGAUCACACUUCAUCCAGCACGAAAACACGAUCUCGGGUGUGGGUGGAAAGUACUUGACGUCUGUUGACUCGUUGAUCCUAUCUAUCCAAAUCCUUGGCGAGACACUUGAACAUGCUCUCAAGAUGAUUUGGACUACCGCAGGGCUUACAAAGAGCCUACCGGCGCAGAAAAUCUGGUCUAUGAAAUCUGUUGUACCGAAUAGGACCGGCAUGGACGUCAGGAGAGGAGUGUGGUGCACGAGUGAAAAGAACAUGCUAUCGGGUUUAUUCGACACAACAACACUAUACUAUGCGAGUAUAUUGUACAGACCCAAAAUCGGUCUAGAUCAUUCCAAGUGCGGCCAUAAUCAUUGCAUGGCGCGCCAGAUUGAUAAUACCGUGUACCGCACUAAGCAUAUAAAUGAAGGAUGCCAUUGUGAGCAUAUCGCUGUCGAUACAAGCUUGAUGGUGCCGAUUCUUGAGCGAGGACAUAUUCCUUGCGUCGACAUUGUUGAGCUGGAGGGUCAUGUUGAACUGCGCGUCGUAGACAGCGUUGGUGAGGUACGAGACUAUGUUGCGAUUUCACAUGUCUGGUCCGAUGGUCUAGGCAAUGCGCAGAACAAUUCCCUGCCUCUGUGUCAAUUAAAUCGCUUGUCGGCUUACAUUGCUUCGCUCACUCAUACUUCAACGAAAAGUCUUCUAUGGAUUGACACUCUCUGUGUUCCUCUCGUACGAGUCAUACGCAGAGACCGCGAUCUCGCACUAGCAUUAUUGGGAGAUGUUUACGAGAAAGCGAGCAUUGUCCUGGUGCUGGACGAUGGACUUCUACGCAUUCCAUCUCGAAACACUAGCAUGGAAGAGAAACUGCUCCGUUUAUGUCUCUCGGGAUGGAUGCGGCGCCUCUGGACAUUGAAAGAGGGCGUACUCGGGGGAUCCAGAACACGGUUCCAAUUUCUGGACGAAGCCGUUGGGUUACCGUCUACCAUUACAUCAUAUUACAGUACUAUAGGCUGUAACGUUACGGCAUUCGUUCAAAGAUAUCUUCCGACCCAUAUCAAACUGCAAGCACAACCUCUUGUCAACACAGCACUUGAUGCCAAAGGGAGACCGAAUGCAGCGAUCAUGAAUCUUCUCAUCGCUCUUCAGUACCGCACUACCAGUCGAUUGACGGAUGAGACACUUUGCACAGCGUCGUUGAUCGGGGAGGAUGUCGACACCUUGGUUCCUCUCGCGUCACCUGAAGCUAAAAUGGUUGGCUUCAUUUCCUUGUUGCGCAAAAGUAAUGUCGGAAUGCCUUUACAUAUCUUGUUCUGUGGCGGAGAGAAGUUGCAGAUCGACAACUUUAGGUGGGCGCCAAAAUCAUUCUUGCAAAUGGGGACUGUUGACGGGCAGUGGUUGUUUGACAGCUUCGAGAAAAGUGCUGCUGCACAAAUUGUUGAGAAUGGCUUGGUAUGCCGUUGUGCGGGAUUCACCUUUGACAUGAAUGGAACAUGGGGAGACCGUCUUGGAAUUCGGCUUCAGAACGAAGCAUGGUGUAGGGUUAUGCCCCGGAGUGACAAAGAUAGUAUUGAAGUCACUGAAGAUUGGAAAGAGAUAGGUUUGAAAUCGAGCUUGAAAUCACGUAUGGCUGUCGUGCUUUCGACGGAAUUCGAUCUAUUCGGAGUAUUAGUGUCCACUCCUGACCAUAGCACCUUGGAUCUGACAAGUUCCUCUAUGAUAAAAGCGGAUAUUUUGUGUAGAGUCUAUGUGUUUUGGGAUAAUGUGGGUGAAGAAGGCCAUGGUAACAUUGUCUUUCUUGAUGGGACGAGGCGACCCGAUGACCAGCUUUGGUGUAUUGGGUAGUCCCCACAGCUUACUUUCGAAAACAUAUUCCAGCCUUCAAAAAAGUUUAAAUUAUACAAGAGCACUCAAUCAACCAUGAAAUCAAUGCUUAGCAAGUGCAAUU